UGUGGCGGCUGCUGUAGCGGCGGUCGGGGUGGCAGGACGAAGGCGCCCGCUGCAGCCCCGAGCCCCAUGCUUCGGGCUCGCAGCCAGGCCGCAGGGAAAACCCGAGGCCCAGGCUGCCCAGGGUGAGCCCACGGGCCUAGAGCCGCCGGCCGCCAUGGGGUCGCUGUUCCGGAGCGAGAGCAUGUGUCUGGCGCAGCUCUUCCUGCAGGCGGGCACGGCCUACGAGUGCCUCAGCGCCCUGGGAGAGAGGGGCCUGGUGCAGUUCCGAGACCUCAACCAGAGUGUCAGUUCCUUCCAAAGAAAAUUUGUUGGUGAGAUGAAGAGGUGUGAAGAACUGGAGAGAAUAUUGGCAUAUUUAGUGCAGGAGAUUAAUAAAGCAGACAUUCCCCUUCCUGAAGGAGAGACCAGCCCUCCUGCGCCACCUCUGAAACAGGUCUUGGAAAUGCAGGAACAAUUACAGAAACUUGAGGUUGAACUGAGAGAAGUGACAAAGAACAAAGAGAAACUCAGGAAAAACUUGCUGGAACUGAUUGAGUACACUCACAUGCUGAGAGUGACAAAAACCUUCGUAAAACGCAAUGUCGAGUUUGAACCCACUUAUGAAGAAUUCCCUCCCUUAGAGAAUGAUUCUUUGCUGGACUACAGCUGUAUGCAGAGGCUCGGAGCAAAACUGGGAUUUGUGUCUGGCCUUAUUAACCAAGGAAAAGUUGAAGCAUUUGAAAAAAUGUUGUGGAGGGUCUGCAAAGGGUAUACCAUUGUGACCUACGCGGAGCUGGAUGAGCCCCUUGAAGACCCUGAAACAGGAGAAGUCAUAAAAUGGUAUGUGUUUUUAAUAUCCUUCUGGGGAGAGCAGAUUGGCUACAAGGUUAAGAAGAUAUGUGAUUGUUACCACUGCCACAUUUAUCCCUAUCCAAACACUGCUGAGGAGCGGAAAGAGAUCCAGGAGGGACUGAAUACCCGGAUUCAAGAUCUUUAUACUGUGCUCCACAAAACUGAGGAUUACCUAAGGCAGGUGCUCUGUAAAGCUGCCGAGUCGGUCUACAGCCGCGUCAUCCAGGUGAGGAAGAUGAAAGCCAUCUACCACAUGCUGAACAUGUGCAGCUUUGACGUGACGAACAAGUGCCUCAUCGCGGAAGUCUGGUGCCCUGAGGCAGACCUGCAGGAGCUGCGCCGAGCGCUCGAGGAUGGCUCGAGAGAGAGCGGUGCAACAAUCCCCUCAUUUAUGAACACAAUCCCAACAAAGGAAACACCCCCAACUCUAAUCCGCACCAACAAAUUCACGGAGGGAUUUCAGAACAUUGUGGAUGCCUAUGGAGUUGGGAGCUACAGAGAAGUGAAUCCAGCUCUCUUCACCAUCAUCACUUUCCCCUUUUUAUUUGCUGUGAUGUUUGGAGACUUCGGACAUGGCUUUGUGAUGUUCUUAUUUGCCCUCUUGUUGGUGUUAAAUGAAAAUCAUCCAAGACUAAAUCAAUCACAGGAGAUCAUGAGAAUGUUCUUUGAUGGCCGAUACAUCCUUUUGCUGAUGGGGUUGUUCUCAGUGUACACAGGCCUCAUCUACAACGACUGCUUUUCAAAGUCCGUGAACAUUUUUGGCUCCGGGUGGAAUGUGUCCGCCAUGUACAGCUCAAGUCAUGCCACCAAGGAGCAUAAGAAAAUGGUUCUUUGGAAUGACAGUGUCGUCAGGCACAACAAGGUUCUGCAGCUGGAUCCAAGUGUCCCUGGAGUGUUCCAGGGCCCUUACCCUUUUGGUAUUGAUCCGAUUUGGAACUUGGCCACAAAUCGUCUCACUUUUCUAAACUCUUUCAAGAUGAAAAUGUCUGUGAUUUUAGGAAUUAUUCACAUGACUUUUGGAGUCACCCUGGGAAUAUUUAACCACUUGCAUUUCAGGAAGAAGUUCAAUAUUUAUCUGGUUUCCAUCCCAGAACUUCUCUUCAUGCUCUGCAUCUUUGGAUACCUUAUAUUCAUGAUCGUCUACAAGUGGCUGGUUUAUUCCGCAGAGACCUCCAGAGUUGCUCCUAGCAUUCUGAUUGAAUUUAUCAACAUGUUUCUAUUCCCAGCUAGUGAAACAAUUGGUCUCUAUCCAGGGCAGGAGCACGUGCAGAGACUGCUGCUGGCCGUCACGGCGCUGUCUGUCCCCGUCCUCUUCCUGGGCAGACCUCUCUUCCUGCUCUGGCUGCACAACGGGCGCAGCUGCUUUGGAGUCAGCAGGAGUGGUUAUACACUUGUGAGGAAAGACAGCGAGGAAGAGGUGUCUUUGCUGGGAAGCCAAGAUAUAGAAGAGGGACAUAACCAAAUGGAAGACGGGUGUCGAGAAGUGACCAACGAGGAGUUUAAUUUUGGAGAAAUAUUAAUGACCCAAGUGAUUCAUUCCAUUGAAUACUGUCUUGGCUGCAUCUCCAACACUGCUUCGUACCUGAGGCUCUGGGCACUCAGCUUGGCUCAUGCACAGCUGUCGGAUGUGCUGUGGGCCAUGCUGAUGCGUGUAGGCCUCCGUGUGGACACCACCUACGGCGUCCUGCUGCUGCUCCCUGUCAUCGCUUUCUUCGUCAUCUUAACCGUCUUCAUCCUUUUGAUCAUGGAAGGGCUUUCUGCUUUUCUUCACGCCAUACGCCUCCAUUGGGUAGAAUUUCAGAACAAAUUCUACACUGGUGCAGGCACCAAAUUUGUUCCCUUCUCGUUUAGUCUACUUCCGUCAAAGUUCCAUAACAACGACCUGGCAUGAUUGUACUGCUGUAACCAACAAACUUUCAGAUUUAUGGAGAAUUAUCAUGUUAUAGAAUUCCACUUCUGUCAAAUUUAUGAUAGGAAAAUGUCCCUCCUCAUCUGUUGCCUUAUGAUAUAGCCAAAUAAUUCUGUAAUAUAUACCUCUUCUUCACAUGUUAAAUAUUUUGUAAAGUUUACCAAUUUCAGAUCUAUAAAUUUCUUUCGGUUGUUUUUAUGAUGAGCACGUAUAAGUUAAUGCCAACUGUUAUGUUAAAGUUAUUUUUAAAAGUACAGGACUGGGGAAGGGAACCCAGUGUUGAAUGGUGAGUUCAAAAUGGCCUUAGGUACUUGAAUCCUCUCACCUCCUCCAAACCCAAGAGUUACUCUGGCACUGAAGUUGGCAGGUCAUAUUUGCCACUUGCUGAAGCUAAACAUAAUAUUUCUUUUAAAAAAUCAAUGAUGGAUGAUCAAAAGAUUUACAUUUAUUCUGUUUAGUUAAAAAUGUGCAAACAUUUUUUAACAUAUGCUACCUAGAAUUGCAAAUAGAGGAUUGUUUUUACAAUUUUGUCUGUUUUAAUAAUGGGAAAAUGGGAUAAAAUAACAUACAACAAAUGGUUAUGCCACUUAUAUAUUUUUUUAAAGAUUCUUAUCCUGUUAUCCUUACGGAAUACCAAUUAUGGCAAUUGUAUGUUUUAAUAGAUAAACUGUAUACUGAGCCUUAAAACCCAGUAAGACUGUAGAAGAUACAAUAGGGAUAUGAUUUGAACUUAGUGACCAACUUGGCUGAUGUUGCUCAACCAAAAGGGUUUAUUCUGAGUGAAGGAAAAGGAGAAAGUAGUAUUUUGUAUAUUUUAUAAAAAAAAUAUAAAUUAAGAUAUUUUA